AUGAGAAUAUUUCUUAGUUUACCAAAAGAAGUUUUAGCGUUGGUCAUUAAGUUCAUUGAUGAUGAGAAAAAGGUAGAAGAAUUAAUUUCAAUUCCAGAUUUACAACCUUUAGUAUUAAGAGAACUAUAUACCAAUUUCAGAUUAAAUCGUUUCACUCUACCAGCAAAAGGUGAUAGCUCCAUCAAAAAAUUGGUAUCACUUUAUGAAGAUUAUAGAUUUAUACCUUCGAAAAUUAUAGGUGAUGUUUUUAAAAUUAAUCAUAUACUAGAUCUAAAUAAGGAACGAAAAGGAUCAGGUGCUGAGCGAACAAGAUCUCGUGGAGUCACUAAUGAUAGCGUUAAACAGCUGGCUCUAAAAGCUGAAAGUGCCGAUUAUAGCAAGAUCAAUUUUGAGGUUAUGAUCCCAUCAUAUUGUGAAUAUGCUGAAUUUAAAAAAGUAGCGGAGAAAGUAAAUAUUAUUGGGAUAUUGAUGGAGCCCAAAGAAACGAGACAGAUGUUUCGACAUCCCCCUUUUGACCCUAAUGAGUUGGCAUUAUACUCGAAUACUAUCAAGAAUAUGGAAUUGGAAUCUUUGACUACAUUUUAUACUGAUACAUUUAAGAUUCCACUCUCGGUAUCUUUAAAAAAAUUAAGACUAGAAAAUCAAUCAUCAGGUCUCAAUCUCAAUUUAAGCAGUUUAGUCAAUCUAGAAACUUUCCAAAUUGAACACUCCAAAGGUGUUGAUUCAUUAGCCGAUUUUCAACUUCCAAGUUCCAUUACAUAUUUGGAGAUCGAAUCAUGUGAUAUAAUAUCACUAGGUGAUUUAAAGAACAAUUUCAAGUUAAAAAAGAUUUUUAUUUAUGAUUGCAAGGAACUUCUUGAUUUUGUUUCAUUUCAAUUGAAAAGUUUAUAUAUCGAGCUGACUGCUGUUUCAUUAUCAUUGGGAUCCAAACUAAAUUUGAAAAGUCUUGAUAAAUUGACCUUACACUUCGUUGAUAUUGAUUUUACUGCAUUGUUACGUUCCUUGCCCCUGCUGAUGAUGAGAUUUGUAAUCUGUUCAAGUCACGUUUUUAACGUUGAAGAUGUUGCAUUAUUUCCUGAGCUGGAGAUUAUCGUUCUUGCUCGAAAUACUUUUGAUGAUACUUUCAAAACGAAUUUCAAUAAAUUGAAAAAAUUGAAGACUUUGGAUAUCGGAGACAAUUGGAGUGGCUCUGAUGAAGUUACUGCGGAAAGUAUUGAUCCUUGCCAACUAAUGAUACAAGAGUCAAUGGAUGCAAGUACUUUAGUUAAUGAAUCAAAUAGCGGAAAAAUAGAAACUGUCACUGUUCAUUCAUCAAAUAUAACUCGUAUAAUUCUUCAACAACCUGGUUAUGAAUAUGGAGAAAAACGUCACAAUGAUUUCCAAUAUCCUCGACUUUUGCUAACUAAUUGUGGUAAUUUGAAGGAACUAGAUAUACAAAAUUUGGGAUUCCAUAUAUUAAAUCUUGAUUUUUUACCGAAUUCAUUGGAAAGUUUAAAGGUCAACGAUAUGAAAAUAAAUUUGAUUAGUGGAGAUUUUUACAAAUUCAGUGCAUUGAAAGAUAUUGAUUUGACAAAUAACAAUCUUAAUUAUUCCAUGUUAUUCAAUAAAAACUUUCCUACAAGCUUAGAAAACUUGAUUUUAUCGGAAAAUAAUAUUGAAGACUUGACAUGCUUACAUUUAGAUAAUUGUGUAAAUCUUCGAAAAUUAGAAUUAAAAAAAGUAACUGGGCUGGCUAAGCCAAAAGGUGCAAAUGAAUUGAAAAAGAUGUUUAUCAAAUUAGUGAGCAACGUUGGUGAUAAAUCCAAUCACGCAAUUUUAACAAAUCGGAAGUCCCAAAAAAUCUUUGAAAUCAAGAAUGGUGCAGACCUCAUGAAAGAUGUUAAAAAAGAGUCAAAUUCAAAGCCGAAGAGGAGAAAAAUAUAA